AACUGGAAUUGGGUGGUUUGGGGACUCGGCAUUGAAGGUCUACAAGGUGAAGAGACUGAAGUUUUUAAGUGUUCGUUGUUGAAAGGAUUGCAGCUUCUGUGAACCCAAGAAAUCUCAUUCUUUGCUCUGUUUUCCUUUUUGGACUUGAGACAGUGAGAGAAAGGAGGAGAGAAAGAGAGAGACUGUUUUUUUUUCAUUUAGAGAGAGAAACAGGAUUGAGUGGUCUUGGGGUUCAGUUUUGAGGGCCUCCAACUUGAAGAGAGUGAAGUUUUUUUAGUGCGUUUUUGUUGAGAACGGAGCAUCUGUGAGCACAAGAAAUCUCAUUCUUCGCUCUAUUUUCCUUUUUGGGGUGUAGAGAUUUUCAGUGAGAGAGAGAGAGAGGAGGAGAGAGAUUGCUGUGGUUUUGUUUGGUGGUUUCAAUGGGGAACGAUGAUGUGGUCAGGGUAGGCAGCUUGAGGAGAAAUGGCUCCUCGAUUCUGAGGAACACAGGCGAUGGCAUGUUCUCGAGGUCUUCUCAUGGAGAAGAAGACGACGUAGAGCUAGCGAGAUGGGCUGCGCUCGAAAGAUUGCCGACAAAUGAUAGGAUUCGGAAAGGGAUUCUCAGCAGCUCAAAAGGUGAGAGAAGAGAAGUGGAGAUUGAGAGUCUCGGGUUUCAUGAAAAGAAGAGAUUGAUAGAGAGGCUGGUUAAAAUUCCACAGGACCACAGUGAGCAGUUCCUUCUAAAGCUCAAGAACCGUAUAGACCAAGUGGGAAUUGAUAUUCCAACUAUUGAAGUUCGGUUCGAGCAUUUGAAUGUUGAUGCCAAAGUUUUCGUGGGAGGAAGAGGCCUUCCUACAAUCCUCAAUUUUAAUCUCAACUUGAUUGAGGGAUUUCUGAACUGGUUACACAUUCUUCGAAAUAGAAGGAGGCCACUCUCUAUACUUCUUGAUAUCAGUGGUAUAAUCAAACCUGGGAGAAGGAAUUUAUCGGCAUGUUUAUGGCUGAAACUCAAAUUUUUGACAGUGGAGAUGCUUGUUGGGCCUUCAAUGGCUUUCUUUAUGGAUGAGAUAUCAACUGGGCUAGACAGAUCCACUGCUUAUCAUAUAGUGAAUUCCAUCAGGCAAGCAGUACAUAUAUUCAAGACAACAACUGCAAUAUCACUGUUGCAGCCAGCUCCUGAGACCUACAAUCUUUUCGAUGACAUAAUUUUUCUCUCAGAUGGUCAGAUUGUGUAUCAGGAUCCUCGCGAAUAUGUAUUAGAAUUCUUUGAAUCAAUGGGAUUUAGAUGCCCUGAGAGGAAAGGAGUUGCUGACUUCUUGCAAGAAGUUACAUCGAUGAAAGAUCAAGGGCAGCAUUGGUUUCACAAAGAUGAGCCUUAUAGAUUUGUUCCAGUCAAGGAAUUUGCCGAAGCUGCCCAAUCGUUUCAUGUUGGAAUAAAAAUAUGUGAUGAAUUAGCCAUCCCAUUUGACAAGAGUAAGAGUCACCCUGUGGCCCUUACAACUUCCCGAUAUGGUGUAUAUGAGAUGGAGCUUUUGAAAGUGUGCUUCUUGAGGGAACUCUUAUUGAUGAAGAGGAACUCAUUUUAUCAUAUCUUCAAUGUGCAACUUGCAAUUAUGGCUUUCAUCAUGAUGUCAGUGUUUGUGCGCACUAAAAUGCACCGAAAUACAGUUCAAGAUGGAGGGCUCUAUCUAGGAGCCUUGUUUUAUAGUCUUUUUACACUCUUGUUCAAUGAGUUUGCUGAGCUACCAAUGACCAUUUCAAAGCUACCUGUCUUAUAUAAACAAAGAGAUAUGCUUUUCUUCCCUGCUUGGGCCUAUGCAAUGUCAACAUGGAUCACCAAGAUCCCCAUGUCAUUCUUGAAAUCUGGUAUAUGGUUUGUCAUAACUUACUAUAUUGUGGGCUUCGACCUAAAUGGUGGAAGGAUGUUUCGGCAGUACCUGCUACUCUUUCUAGUAAAUCAGAUGGCAUCUGGACUUUUUCAAUUCAUGGCCUUUGUGGGUCGGGACAUGAUUAUAGCGAACACAUUUGGGAGUUUUUCUAUCCUUGUUGUCAUGGUUCUUAGUGGUCUCAUUCUCUCACGAGAGAAAGUGAAAAAGUGGUGGAUAUGGGGCUAUUGGAUCUCACCGAUAAUGUACGCGGAGAAUGCAAUAGCAGUUAAUGAAUUCCUUGGAGAUCUUUGGAAGAAAGUGACAAAUGGGUUGACGGAAACUCUUGGAGUGCAACUGUUGAAGUCUCGUGGAAUCUUUCCCGUAGGUUACUGGUACUGGAUAGGAGUAGGUGCACUGGUGGGAUACAUCAUCCUCUUCAAUGGCCUCUCCAUCUUGGCUCUCACAUAUCUCAAACAUGAGUCAUUUGGUAAAUCCCAUGUAAACAUAUCCGAAGAAUUGAAACAGAAGCAUAUGAAUAGGACUGGUGAAAAUUUCAUGGUCGAACUAUCGUCUGUUCCCUCUUUGAGAGGAAAGGCAUCUAUUGGUUUUGGUUGUAUCGAAGGUGCAUUGUUUAACAAUUUUCUAAAAUUAUUGAGGAAGUAUGGUGAAAUCAUGAGGAAUAGCAUCUCAUCUGAUUCAAUAUCAGAUGGGUCAGAUGCCAUGGCUUCUAGUCAAGAGUGGACGAAAGGCAUGGUUCUUCCAUUUCCUCCUCUCUCACUCUGCUUUCAUGAUAUCAGAUACUCAAUAGAUAUGCCAGAGGAAAUGAAAGCUCAGGGGAAAGAAGAUCGGCUAGAACUCCUGAAGGGCGUGAGUGGGGCAUUCAGGCCAGGAGUUCUAACUGCUUUGAUGGGUGUUACUGGAGCUGGUAAGACAACUUUGAUGGAUUUUUUAGCCGGAAUGAAAACACAUGGCCAUAUUGAUGGAACUAUCAGUAUCUCUGGUUAUCCUAAGAAGCAAGCAACCUUUGCUCGGGUAUCUGGAUACUGUGAGCAGAAUGUUCAUUCUCCUCAAGUGACAGUCUACGAGUCGUUACUUUACUCUGCAUGGCUUCGACUUUCGUCUAAUGUCAACCCUGAAACAAGAAAGACGUUUGUUGAGGACGUCAUGAAGCUCAUAGAACUAAAGUCGGUAAGGAAUGCUCUAGUGGGGUUGCGUGGAGUGAACGGUCUCUCGACUGAGCAAAGAAAGAGGCUUACCAUUGCUGUGGAGCUUGUGGCCAAUCCCUCCAUUAUUUUCAUGGAUGAGCCAACCUCUGGUCUUGAUGCCAGGGCUGCUGCUAUUGUGAUGAGAACAGUUAGGAACACUGUUGAUACUGGAAGAACUGUAGUGUGUACUAUCCACCAGCCUAGCAUUGAUAUAUUUGAUGCAUUUGAUGAGCUUUUCCUCAUGAAGACUGGUGGUGAAGCAAUUUAUGCCGGCCCCCUCAGAUCCCAUUCUUUCCAUCUCAUUGAAUACUUUGAGGGAAUCAAUUGAGUCAUCAAGAUAAAAGAAGGCUACAAUCCUGCAACUUGGAUGCUUGAGGCCACAUCUGAGGCACAAGAAGAUAUUUUAGGGGUUAGUUUUGCUGAAGUAUACAAGAACUCUGAUUUUUAUAGGAAAAACAAGGAAAUGAUUGAAGCACUGAGUUCACCACCCCCAGGCUCGGAAGACCUCUAUUUCCCUACUCAGUAUUCUCAGUCAUUCCUCACGCAGUGCUUGGCUUGCUUAUGGAAACAGCACUGGUCCUACUGGCGCAACCCCUCUUAUACGGCCAUGAAAUUCAUCUUCACCUUCUUCAUCACCUUAUUGAUUGGGACCAUGCUUUGGGAUCUUGGCUCAAAAGGUAAUGUAUUUUGCAGGGCUAACCCACAGGAUCUCUUCAAUGCAAUGGGUUCCAUGUAUGCUUCUGUUCUAUUCAUUGGAAGUAACAAUGCCUAUUCGGUUCAGCCAGUAGUUUCAGUGGAAAGACUUGUAUUCUAUCGAGAAAGGGCAGCCGGAAUGUAUUCAGCUCUACCAUAUGCCAUUGCACAGAUUAUUAUAGAGAUUCCAUAUAUAUUGGUUCAAGCACUACUCUAUGGGGUGAUAGUGUAUGCAAUGAUAGCAUUUGAAUGGACAACUGCCAAGUUCUUCUCGUACAUGUUCUUUAUGUACUUCACAUACUUCGGCAUGAUGACUAUUGCCAUGACUCCCGAUAAUAACAUUGCGUCCGUUGUGUUCGGAGCCUUCAAUGGAACGUGGAACCUCUUCUCCGGAUUCUUCAUUCCUAGAGCGAGUUUGCCUGCAUGGUGGAGAUGGUAUGCGUGGGCAUGCCCAGUUGCAUGGACCCUGUAUGGCCUGGUUGCUUCUCAAUUUGGAGAUGUACAUACCACCUUUGAAGAUGCAGGUGCCUCAUUUAAGAACGAAACGGUUGCCGAAUUCGUGAAUGACUAUUACGGAUUCGAUCACAACUUCCUGGGGGCGGUUGCAGCUAUGACUAUUGGGUUUACAGUUCUCUUUGCAUUCAUCUUUGCUUUCUCCGUCAAGGUUCUGAAUUUUCAAAAGAGAUGAGAAUAUGAGUGCAUCAAUAUUCCUAAGACUUGAUUGAAACAAACUGUGAGAGAGACGUAUCAUCUUAUAGGCCAUAGGCCAAUAAUUCACAUGCUAAGUAGAGUUCUUGGAUAAUUUGCUAGAGAGAAGCUAA